AAAUCCCGUACCCAAGUUAAUACAUUAUUCCUGGAGUAGCUGUCACGACAAUAAGAUAAAGAAUAAAACCGAGUAAUCAGUGACGCGCGAAGCGUUCAGCCCUUGACAAAUAUACGAUCUCCUAAACUCAAGAUCUUCAGACAACUACCGUGCGUAUAUUUGCACUCGGAUAAUUGUCAAGUUGUUAUCAGGCUUCCCCCCAUCUCGAGUGCGCAAGUAUAAAUCGAGUAAAUGCGGGAGUCACUGUUAAAAGAACCUCCGCACAUUCAAAACUCAAUUCCCUCGGUCGAGUGCCGUAAAAUUCCCAGCAAUCAGUAUUUUACAAUUAAUAGCCCUCAAAACGUCGAAAAUAAUGUGCAUUCUCUUCAUUUAUCGAAACCCCAGCGCGACUGGAUCGGAUUAUCGUUUGAUUGUUGCAACAAAUAGAGACGAGAAUUAUCAUCGACCGACGAGAGCUGCAUAUUACUGGGAAAAUCAUCCAGAUUGUUUAGGAGGGACUGACGAGGAACCGACGAAGGAGGGAGGCACUUGGCUGGCGAUUUCUACGAAAGGCCGCGGCGGGGUACUUCUAAAUCUCUCCGAGCCACCCACUGAAAAUCCUCGGGAUGGGCCAGACACCCCGAAGAAGGGCCGCGGGUUCCUGGUGACGAACUACGUCGUGUCCAGGGAGACUACAGAGAAUUACUUAAGUACUUUGUAUGAGGAGAACAGGAAGUUCGAUACGUACAAUCCGUACACGUUGGUUCUUCUUGAUUUGAAAACAGCUGAAGUGAGUUUCUUAAGCAGUUCUAGAAACAGCAAAGGGCCAGAACUAUCAGUAACCGACACGAUCCUGGGUUUUGGUAACACAUCGGUGGAGACUCCUUACAAAAAAGUGACAAAUGGAAAGGAGCAAUUUAAGCAAAUCGUCACCGACUCCAAAAGCACUCACGAGAACGUGCUCAUCGAGAAGCUCAUCCACUUCCUCAAAUCGAACGAGCAGCAUUUGCCUGACGAUGUAAUGGAGGAGAUCCACCAGGAGGAGAGCAAAGCCCUCAGUUCGAUAUUUGUGCACGCAGGGGAGCGAAAUUAUGGCACGAGAACACACACUGUGAUACUCGUUGACGCCUCAGACAGAGUUACAUUCGUCGAAGAAACCAUGAACGAGGAUAAAACGUGGAGUCGUCAGCGUUUCGUCACAUCUCUCGAGUGAAAUUAUUCAAUCAAAUCGUCAAUUAACGAAGUAUUGAAACUGGAAAUUUCCAUGGAGAUCGCGCGUAUCUCUAUUUGAAUAUUUUCAUAAUUACAGACUGCUCAUGUGAUAUAGCAACGCAAAUUUUUUCAUUUCAAUUUUUUCAUGCGUCUGUAAAUAAUUCCAAGUUCAAUUGUAAUUAAACUCGACCAAAACCUCAACGAUUUUUCCCUUCAACAUGUGAAUAUUCUCAAAUUUAUACUCAAAGUUAAUGAACACCAAAAAAAAAUUUAAAAAAUUGCCGGAUAUUUAGCUAUCAAUAGACCCAUCAUCUCUAGUAUCGUUGGUAUCAUCGUCUUCUCCAAGGAUAUCAGACUCUGACUCAUCUGCACUCGAAACAUUGUUAUCAGUGCUGAUAUCUGGAAUGGUGGGCUCCUCGGAGGUUGUUGAAUUCUGUAACAGAACAAAUCUCAAAUAAUAAUUUUGCGCAUAUUUUCUCAA